GGCAGAAUAACAAGAAGCCAACAAGUAGCAACUAGAAGAAACCUAGUUUUGUGGUGAGGCUGAGAUAACAAGAUUCGUCAUCUUCACUCUUUUCAUUCAAUCAAUUUCACAAACACCUUGUCUCCACUCUCUCACUAUCUCAAAUCAACAAUGGCAACCUCUCUCACUUUCUCCAGGCUCCUCUCAUCUUCCACCACCACCUCACUCCUAUCUUCCAAAACCAAAACCCUAUCCUCCACCUUCACCCUCCCUCUCAAACUCAACCGCCUCCACCCAAAACCCCUCAGAUUCUCCUCCUCCCCAAAAAUCUCCGCCACAAUCUCCGUCGGCGACAAGCUCCCUGAAUCCACCUUCUCCUUCCUCGACCCCGCCGGUGACGUCAAAACCAUAACCGUCUCCGACCUCACAAAAGGCAAAAAAGCCGUCCUCUUCGCCGUCCCGGGAGCCUUCACACCCACCUGCUCCCAGAAACACGUUCCCGGAUUCGUGGAGAAAUCAGCCGAGCUAAAGGCGAAAGGCGUCGACACCAUCGCGUGCAUUUCAGUGAACGAUGCUUUCGUGAUGAAAGCGUGGAAGGAGGAUUUGAAGGUGAACGAUGAAGUGCUGCUUUUGUCUGACGGGAAUGGCGAUUUCACGAAGGCGAUUGGGGUAGAGCUUGAUUUGAGUGAUAAACCAGUUGGAUUGGGGGUUAGGUCAAGACGUUACGCUUUGUUGGCGGAAGAUGGGGUUGUUAAGCUAUUCAAUUUGGAGGAAGGUGGUGCUUUUACUUUCAGUGGUCCUGAUGAUAUCCUUGAAGUUCUCUGAAAUUUUUGGGUUGUAAUGUGAGUUUCUUGUUUCUUCAAUCGGUUUAGGUUGAUGCACUUUGAUAGUUUUGGUUUGAUUAAUAAUAACGUGGAUUUGAUUUGACCUAA